AUGGCUGCAGAGCUAACGUCUAUCAAGCUCAAUCCAGAGAGUCACCUUCUCUUGGACCAACCGCUCCUCCGCGUACCCUAUGAGCUCGCUCGCCGAAACUUCAAAUCAACUCAACGAGUCGUGGAGCGGGAGAGGGAGCAAAUACUACCAAUUUUAAAGGACACCGCAAAUGCCUCUCUCUCCGGAACCCAAGAUACGGCCCAGACGCUGGAAGCUUUGGACACGAUGAUAGCACGCAUGCAGAAUCUGAAACGUAAAAUGGAGACAUUACAUGAUGAAGAGAAAAAAAUUGCUACGCAAUCCCAGAAAAGAUUACAGCAUAUACAAAAUCUCUAUCAGAUUCCGAGCCUAGCAGAUGUCAAAUAUGAGCAGUGGUCAAGAACAAGAUUAAAUCGUUUAUUAGCUGAUCAUAUGCUACGAUCCGGCUACUUAGAAAGUGCGAAACAACUUGCUCAAGACAAAGAUAUUUCAGACCUUGUGGAUAUAGACGUUUUCGUUCAAUGCCAACGGAUUGGCGAGAGUCUACAUCGUGGCGAAACCAAGGACGCGCUUCAGUGGUGUGGUGAAAACAAGGUAGCUUUGAAAAAAGUUCAGAGCCGGUUCGAGUUCGAGUUGAGGCUACAACAGUAUAUAGAAUUAUUGCGAGUCGGAGACAAGGCCGGGGCGAGAAAACAUGCGACAAAGUUUCUCACCCCACACAGCGAAACACAGGCGCAGGAUAUCAGACGCGCAGCAGGGUUGCUAGUGUAUUUCCCUGACACUCGAGCUGAGCCUUAUAAGACGAUGUACUCCUUGGAUCGCUGGCAAUAUCUUUCAGAUCUCUUCAUGCGUACCCAUCACGAUCUUUUGUCUCUCUCAUCUCGCCCUCUCCUCCAAAUAGCUCUAUCAGCAGGCCUUUCUGCCCUUAAAACACCAGCAUGUCAUUCGACGAUUACGUCCUCGAGGGCCAGUCCAAACUCCUUAACAACCUCCAUCUGCCCAAUUUGCUCGACUGAACUGAAUGACUUGGCAAGACAUGUGCCUUAUGCUCAUCAUGCAAAAAGCUAUGUCGAGGCUGACCCUGUUGUCUUGCCAAAUCAUAGGCUAUAUGGAACGGCCCGCUUGCUAGAUAUGAGCAGAAAGGCUGGCGUCCCGGAGAAUCAAGUUAAAGAUCCUAUAACCGGGGAGAUUUUCGACUUUUCCAAGAUCAAGAAGGUGUAUAUAUCUUAA